AAAAUCAUAAUUACAGAAUGCGAAUACUGAUCUUCUUGUGCAUUCUCCCAUUAUGCGACUGUUUUGCUAUUUCUGGCCACCCAGUUGAAGUAGUUGGGAUACUGCGUUGUAACGUUAAACCCGCUGCUAACGUGGAUAUAAUGCUGGUAGAAAAAGAAGCUUCUUCCAAAUUCCGAUUCCUGGCUCUUUCCAAAUCGCGCCGCCAAGGUUCUUUCAAAAUUUCAGGCCAUGCUACAGAUACAACCCAAACACAACUUGUCAUAUAUCAUAGAUGCAACUAUCAUGAGAUUGGCUACAAGAGGCUCACCAUAGCGAUCCCACAAUAUCGUGUACUCAAAUUCAAAGGAGCAUCAAAAAAUGUCUUCAGUGCAAGAGUAUUGGAACUCGCCGAGGAGCACAACGGACAAAAGAUCGUUGCAGGGCUUCCCGAAAUAAUAAUUGCAAGAAACCAUGGCGGCUAAGUUACACAAGAUGAAUAAAGAC